GCCAUCUAUACAUCUGCAACACAGGAUGGAGGACGAUGAAAUCAUUUCGAAAACGGAGGCAAUUUGUCGUGUGUGUUUGAAGACUGUUUCUAAGUACACAUGUCCUCGCUGUCACCUCCAAUACUGCAGUGUGACUUGCUACAGGAGCCCACACCAUGAAAACUGCAGUGAGAGCUUCUACAGGGACUGGGUCAUGGAAGGUCUCAAAGAUUAUGGCUCAAGCAAAGAAGAUAAACUGAAGGUUCGGGACAUGCUACAAAGGUUAAAUACAGAUCAGCUGGCAGACAGGGAGGAUCAUGGCAAGAAUUCGGUACAUACACAGAGGUUAAACACAGAUCAGCUGGGAGACGGGGAGGAUCAUGAGAGUGAAGACAAUGAAGAUGAAGCAGAAGAGUUUCCAAGUCUAGCAGAUAGAAUCCAAGGUUUGGACUUAGACCAAGACACUGAAAAAAUUUGGGAAAAACUCACUCAGUGGGAAAAACAAGAAUUUGAGGAGAUGGCUAAAGAUGGCAGGCUGCUUAACUUAGUAGAACAGUGGGACCCUUGGUGGAAUAUAAAG